AUGUUAUCCUUUCAAAACAAAACCAAAAAAAAAAAAAAAAACAAAAGUUGAAUUUUCUCUGUUCUUUUCUCCAUUGGUCUCCCUCCUACCCCAAACUAAACUUCCAAUCACAUACACAAAAUUCCCAUUUUAAAAAUUUGACCUUUUCAAAAAACCAUUCUUCAACUCUUUAUGAAAAGGAGAAACUUGGGUACUUCUCCUUUUUUUUUUUUCCUUUAUAAGCACUUUUUGUUGUUGGGUUUUCUUGAAAGGUGGGGUUUUGUUUAGUUUCUUGUAGAGCUAUUCUUUUCUUCAAUUCUAAGCCCAUCAUUUUUUUUCUUAAGUUUUUUUUUUUUUAUAAUUAUUUUGUUUCACACACGCACAUGCAUGUUCUCCAGUUUGUCUGAUCUGGAUUGGAUCACAAGGUUCUUUUAUUUUCGGCUUUGAAGAAGAUUAAGUGAGAAAGAGGAGGGGAGGGGUCUUUAGUGGGGUUAAGUGUUUGAAAAUUCUGUUCUUUGUUGGGAGCAGUCUUUGGGUGCUUAGAAGAAAAGAAGAACGAAGGAACCAGAAAUUGUUGGUCCGUAGGGAGGAAUUGUCUACUUCUGCUGUCUUGCAUUGUUGGGGCUUUUGAGUUAAAAUUGAGUUUUAGUGUUGAAGGAUUGAAAUUGGGGUUUAAUUGGAAAAGCUAGACUUGAGUUUGACAGCAUAUUUUAACUCCUGAGGCAUGGCUGGUAUUGAUGUUUCAAAGUAUGCACAUAGCCCUGUGCACAAGGCUGUUGCCACGAGGGAUUAUGCCAGUCUCAGGAGGAUACUUGCAGCUCUCCCACAUCUUCGUAACCUGGCUGAGAUUCGAACAGAAGCAGCCUCAUUGGUUGAGGAAGAGAAGGCUGAUGGGAUCGCUGCUGUGAUUGAUAGGCGGGAUGUUCUUAACCGGGAUACACCUCUUCACUUGGCCGUUAAACUUGGUGAUGAAACUGCAACUGAAAUGCUUAUGGUUGCCGGUGCUGAUUGGAGCUUGCAGAAUGAACAAGGAUGGAGUGCGCUCCAAGAAGCAAUUUGUAAUAGGGAAGAAGCUAUUGCUAUGAUUAUUGUUCGGCAUUACCAGCCAUUGGCAUGGGCAAAGUGGUGUAGAAGGUUGCCUCGUGUGGUGGGAACUAUGCAAAGGAUGAGAGACUUUUACAUGGAAAUCACAUUCCAUUUUGAGAGUUCUGUGAUACCUUUCAUUUCCAGAAUUGCUCCUUCAGAUACGUAUAAAAUUUGGAAGAGGGGUGCAAAUUUGAGAGCUGAUAUGACUUUGGCUGGAUUUGAUGGAUUCAGAAUUCAGCGCUCAGAUCAGAGUAUUCUUUUCCUUGGUGAUGGUUCUGGGGACGGGAAGGUUCCUACUGGAUCACUUUGUAUGAUCUCACAUAAGGAUAAAGAGGUGAUGAAUGCUUUGGAUGGUGCUGGUUCCCAAGCAACUGAGGAAGAGGUUCGACAAGAGGUGGAUGCAAUGUCUCAGACUAAUAUAUUCAGACCUGGGAUAGAUGUGACACAGGCAGUUCUUUUGCCACAAUUGACUUGGAGGCGACAAGAGAAAACAGAAACAGUUGGUGCCUGGAAGGCUAAGGUGUAUGAUAUGCACAGUGUUGUUGUAAGCAUCAAAUCUAGGAAGGUGCCUGGGGCCAUGACAGAUGAUGAAUUCUUUGCAACUUCCAAUGAAAUUGAAACAGAGAGUGAAGAGCUUGAUGAGAUCUUGACAGAAGAUGAAAGGAGACAACUUGAAGUUGCUCUUAAGUUGGAUUCUUCAGAAAUAUCCAAUGAGAAUGGUGAUGGCAUUAUUAGGCAUCGCCGUAGUUGCUAUGAGUCUAGGGAAAUUUAUAUCGAGGAGUCCAAUGGUUAUAAAAAUGGAGAGACAAAGCAGGAAAAGAAAGGAUGGUUUGGUGGAUGGAGGAAACGGGAGUCAAAGCAAGAAGUGCAUCGGAAGAUUGUACCACCAAGAAGUUCUCUGUGUGUGGAUGAAAAGGUGAGUGACUUACUAGGAGACUUUCCAUCUGGCAGUCAGAUCAAACCUGGUAGACAUUCUGUGGAGAUUGUGGCAAGGGAUGAUCAUCGGAGGAUAAGAGAUUCGAGAAUAUCUACUUCCAUGGGUUCAGAGAGUAGUAAUCGGCGUAAGGACACUGGCCGUGAGAAUGAGUAUAAGAAAGGAUUGAGGCCUAUUCUUUGGCUUUCUCCAAACUUCCCAUUGCAAACUGAAGAACUCCUGCCAUUGCUAGACAUUCUUGCAAACAAGGUUAAGGCAAUUCGUCGGUUAAGAGAACUUCUCACUACAAAGCUUCCAGUAGGAACAUUCCCUGUCAAGGUUGCUAUUCCAGUGGUUCCAACAAUCAGAGUAAUGGUUACUUUUACGAAGUUUGAAGAACUACAGCCUGUGGAUGAGUUCUUGACACCCCCUUCAAGCCCCACUGCCGGCGGAGAAAGCCCUGCAGUGACACAUUCCUUAGGUUCAUCUUGGUUUCAGUGGAUAAAGGCACCAUAUCACCGCCCUAGCUCAUCCAAUUAUAGCUACAAUAAGAUAGAAAAUCUUCCAGAUCCAUUUGCAAUACCUCCAGAUUAUACUUGGAUUACAGCUGAAGAAAAGAAAAAGAAGAUGCAAGAGAAGAGCAAAUCAAAGAAAGGUAAGAGUCAGAAUCAUUGAAGUCAGGCUAAGAUCCUGAUGCAAAACAAGUUCUAGCAGAUAGCAAAAUAGGAAAUAGUGUUUCAUUAAUCCAUAAAUAUUGUGUUUCUCUUACUGAGAAAAGGAAAUAGAGAAAUAGAUGAUUGGAGUUGUGUUCUAUGAAGUGUGGAUAAUCCCUUCAUGGGAAAGUUUGGUAUCCUUAUGGGGGUGAAAAAAA